UACACUAACAUUACCUCGAACACGUCCGAAAAAAAUGACAACAAAGAUGGUGGAUUAUGACAUAAAAUGAGCAAAUGUAGUAUUCUUUUGUCUCAUUGUUUCAAAAAUGUUACUUAAAGAUGUCAAGAAAAGGUCGUAUUGAUCGAAAUGACAUUGAUUCAGUUUUGGAUGAUUUACUUGACAGUGAUGUUGAAGACAAGAAGUUACAAGAUAAGAAGUCAAAGUUACCUCAAAAAAAGGUAGCAGAAAAACCUAAAGUUUCAUUGACAUCAAAAACAAGUGAUGCAGACUUUUACAAGAACCUCAAAAAUUUUGCAAGUAAUGAAGAUAUUAGUAAUCAUGAUGACGAACCACUAUCUGAUGAAGGAGUUCAAAAGCUUGCCAAUGAUAUUGGAAACUUAGAUGAUCUUGAUGACAACUUAUUUUCCAAUCUCAAGAGUAAUGAUAAAAAAGACCAAAAGAAAAAAGUGAACAAUACUGAUACAGUGAAAAAUGAGAAAAACUUAAAAAGUAAAGCCAAAGUGGCUGAAGCACCUUACGAUUUGAAUGAUCCACUUGCAGAUUUGGUUUCUGAUGACGAAUCUUUGAAAUUUGUUACUGAUAAAAAAAAAGAAAAAUCCAAAGCUAAUCAAGCUCAACAAUCAGAUUCAAUUUUAUCUCCUAGUCAUGAUCAAAAUUUUUCAUUAACCAAUGAGACAAAGGCUAAAUCAACAAAUGAGACAAUUACUAAACCAAUUGGUUCUCGGAGAAACUCACAAGUUACUUUUCCAGUUAAUGAUAAUGACAUGCCAUCAGAGAAAAUUGGUACUAGUGAAAAUAAAAAUAAGUCUUCGCAUGAAAAACAACAACUUGAUUCUGCUGUUGGUAAUUCUACUAAAAAUCUAGGCAGACCUACUCAAAAAAAAGUUAUAAAUGAUGACAUAUUUGGAGAUGAUGAUCUUCCAGAAUUGAGUGAUAAAGAAGUACUGAGCAAACCAGUUAAAAAACAAAGUUCUUCAGAAGAUAUCAUUCCUUCUGAAAAAGCAACAAAAGCUCUAGAUAAUUUACUAAAUGCUGGCAAAGUUUCAUUGCCAAAAAAGAAUGCUCCAAUGACUAUGCUUGAACAAAUAAUGUCAGGGACCAAAAAAAAAGAAAACACUGAAUCUGAAGAAAUAUUGUUUGGCAACUACAGUCCUUCUAUUGGAAACCAAGGUGAGCGUAACUCAACCUCAGGUAAUGCCCGCUCUGUUCGUUUUGCAUCAGAUCUUGGACUAGAUGAUGAAGAGUUGUUUAGCUCAAGUCCUAAAUUGUUGUCUAAUAAAAAGAAGCCAUCAAAUUUGAAAUCAUCAUCAAUAGAUCUAAAUUCUUCACUUGAUAGUUCUAUAAAUAAUGGAUUGACUAGAUCUACUAAAGCAAAAGAACCGAAUGUUGUAAGUAAGAAAGAAGAUACCCAAAAAACUUCGAAAUCUACAGAUAACUGGUUAGAAUUAGGAGAUGAUUUGACUGAUCAGUUUAUAGAUUCAAAUGAUUUUUUACCAUCAGCAAAAGAAAAACGCCUUCAAAGAAAAAAUAGUUCCAAGUCUUUAGACAAUAGACUGGAGUUUGGAGAUCAACUAACUAAUCAGUUAGGUGGAUUUGAUGAUUUGUCAACUCGAACCAAAAAAGAAAAGUCUUUAAACAAACAAACUAGUAGUGAGACAACUAAAAAUAACGAGUUUGAUAGUUCUUAUUUUGAUUCAUCCAAUCAAAAAUUAGAAGAUUUUGAAGACUCUGGUUCUAAAAAUGUUUCUCUUAAAAACAAAAUAAAUAAAACUGAAAAGCAAGAAGUUUAUUUAGAAGAAAAAGAUGACUUUUUGAGUUUAUUAAAAAAAAAGAAAAUCGAAAAGUCUGCAACUAAACAAUCAUUUGCAACUCAAGAUAUUACGGAAAAUCUAAGUUUAGGAGUUAUCUCAGAAAAUGUCAAACCUGAAGCACAAUUUGAACCAAGCAAAGAUAAAGUGCAACCUGAAAAAAGUAUUUCAAACCAAUCUAAUACAAUUGAACCACAAAUACAAAAUCUUUCUAUGCAACAACUUUCUUUGCAUCAAAAUCAGCCAACUCAGCAACAAUUGUUUGAAUUAGAAAAGCAACAACAGUACUUUCAAUAUCUCAACCAACAAAAUUCACUUGCACUACUUCAACAGCAACAGUUUCAGCAUCAGCAACAAGUUGCACAGCAGUUGCAGUUUCUUAAUACACCUUUCAACCUCACGUCUAAUGUUUCACAUGACACUUUAAAAAAUGAAAAUGCAAAAAAACUAGCAGCUGAACAAUCUUUCUAUGAAGUUGUGCAAACUAUGAAAAAUACUUCUGCAAUGCAGUCUGAGCUUUCCAAACCCUCAUCUGAUGCAGAUUUCAAAAAUCUUCAAGAAAAAUAUUUCAAAUUAGAAGAAAUUAAAUCUCAGUCAAAUAUGGAUUACACAGCAAAAAUUUAUGAGUUGGAAAGCAAAAUCAAAAGCUUAGAGUUGGAAUGUUCUUUUUUACUAUCAUCGCAAUCAAGCUUGAAACAACGUCAGCAAGAUGAGCUGAAUGCUUUAGAAUCAUCUCAUAAGAUGAGACUAGAGUAUGUGGAGGAAUCUUAUAAACGUCGUGUAAAGCAAUUGGAAGAUGAAAACAAAUUAAUAAAAACAAAUUACGAUGAGAAAAUAAAUCUUCUCAUUAAUGAACAUCAAGAUCAAAUCACCACAUUGAAGCGGAAACUUGAUUUCAAAGAUCAGACUCAUUUUUCGGACAUGGAGCGAUUAAACGAAGUUCAUAAAAAGGUCAUAACCAACCUAACUCAAGAGCACGAUGAACGAAUUCGACAACUACAUAUUUUAAAAAAACAAGAAGUGGAAGCAACUGUUAAUGCAUUUUCGCAAGCCAAAUCUUUUCAAGGCUUGGUGGAGGAAGUAAAAAGCUCAACCAAAGAGGUGAACAACUUACAGGAGAAGUUUUCAACUGAUUACCAAGCACUUCUCCGCGAGCAAGAAAUAGUUCUUCAAAUGCGAAACGAGCAGUUAGAAAAUAUGUCAAAUCGACUUCAACAACGUGAAAAAAUAAACGAAGAGGAACGAAUCAGACUGCAAACAUUAGUGUCGAGGUUAGAGAUUCAGUUGCGCGAUCAAACAAGACUUUAUGAGCAAGACAAAUGGAAGUUAAACCAAGAUGAAAAUAGGUUAAAGACAUUGCAGCAUGUUUUUGAAGAAGAUCGUCGUAUCACUAGCCAACAACUGCAAGAAGAACGGACUCAGAUUGCAAAAUCUAAAGAAGAAAUGCUAGCUGAACAGAGAAAGUUAAUUGCGGAAUGUUAUGAAGAAAAAAGACUUCUAAAUGAAGAAAAGUUGGCAUUGUUAGCGCUUCAACGUGAGGUUAUAGAUGCAAAUAAAAUCGAUCGCCGUUCAAUGAUACAGGCUGAGAAUGACUUUGAAUUGGUGGCGGCCCGUCAAAAACACGAUUCUUCUACUUUUAACAUUCGUUUAGCGCAUGUGCAACAGGAAGAAGCUCGUUUGGCACUUGAGAAAAGCGAGUUUCUCAAACACGAACAAUCAAUUUCCAGUGAACAGGAGAGGUUGCGUGAAAUAGGUCGUGUGUUACAUGAAAAAUCUAAAGAAGUUGAAGACUUUGCAAAGGAAGCAAAACGAAUGUACGAUGAAAGUGUUAAAUCUAGUGAGCAAACUAACGUUUUUCGAUCUUAUUUGGAAAAUCUUAAAAACGAACUUGAGGUCAGAGCUAUAUCUCUUGAACAAAAAGAAGCAGAACUAUUUCAGCAAUAUGAGAAUCUUGAAGUGCUCCGAAGAAAAGCCACGGAAGCCAGCCAACGUAUGACCUGCCUUCAAUGUAAAGGAUUUCUUGCUCCAUGUAAUACAAGUAUUACACCAGGAGUUCCUUCAAGAUCGCAAUCGUAUUUUGGUAAACGAGGAAAUGAUUCUCAAGAAGUCACAGCCUCAAAAGCUAUUUUAACGAGCACGCCUGAUUUAGGUGCUGACAUGAAUCGAAAUUUUAAUAACUAUAAAACUCAAACGUGUAAUCUUAAUGAACAUGUGGAAGUUCCAAAUAAGUUUAUGUAUUUAGAUAAUGUUGAAGGUGUCGGCAUGUUCCAGCAAAAUGGAAACUCGAUCGGUACUUCCAAAUCAUUUCAAAGAGUUCCAAAUGCAAAAUUUAAACCCCCAGAUUUACUUUUAAAUGAUUUAGAAUUUAGAAGCCACUUACGCAGAUGGGACUCUGCUAAAGGCAGAGAUGACGACUUUAUUGAAGAAGAGACUAAAUUUUUAGAAACGCUUAGUCAAAAUAGAUAGCAUAUAUUUA